AUGGACGCAAAAGAAAAAAGACAGACUCUCUUCCCUGGCAUUAAGGCUACAAAGUGGACUAAUGAUAUAACCUUUCUUACACACGUGGAGCCCCUACCUAUAUAUAGACGUUUGGAUGAGCAAAGUAAUUUGGUAUGCAAUGGUACUCUACCAUUUACCAACGAUCAGGCUCUACAUAUAUUGGAUAUUAUGAUACGGAUUAAUGCAUACGAUCAAGUACUAUAUGAUGUACAAAGGCAAGGUAGGAUUACCUUUUAUAUGACCAACUUCGGUGAAGAGGCUACACAGAUUGGAGUUGUUGCUGCCCUCAAAGAACAGGAUAUGAUAUGGCCACAGUAUAGGGAAUUAGGCGUAUUCCUUUAUCGUGGCUUUACCACUCAACAAGUUACAGAUCAAUGUAUGAGUACUAUGUACGACCAAGGUAAAGGUAGACAAAUGCCUGUCCAUUACUGCUAUCCUGAGGGUAAUAUACAGGCAGUAUCAUCACCAUUAGGAGUUAACAUACCACAUGCCUCUGGUGCUGGAUACAGUUUUAAGCUUGAUAAUGCUGAUCGAUGUGCAGUGACUUUCUUUGGAGAUGGUGCUGCCUCUGAAGGGGAUUUCGCCACAGCUAUUAAUUUUGCAAGUUUAAUGAAGAGUCAGACUAUCUUUGUAUGCCGUAAUAAUGGAUAUGCUAUAAGUACACCAGUAUCAGAGCAAUAUACUGGUGAUGGUAUAGCUAUACGAGGUAUUGCAUAUGGUAUACAUAGCCUUAGAGUUGAUGGUAAUGAUGUCAUCGCUGUAUAUGAGGCAACUAAAAGGGCACGAGAGAUCACCAUUAGUGGGGAAGGCCCAGUGCUGUUGGAGCUAAUGACUUAUCGUAGAGGCCAUCAUUCAACGUCAGAUGAUUCAUCAAGGUAUCGACCUGAUGCUGAGGUGCAAAGUUGGCUAUUGGAUGGUAUAGACCCUAUCAGCAGAUACUAUAAUCUACUCGUUAAUAUGGGCCUCAUUACUAAAGAGGAGUUCCUCAAUCUCGGUAAAAAAUACCGUGCAGAGGUGUUGGAUUGUCUCAAGGUAUCGGCUAAGCAUAAGAAGGCUCCUAUCAUAGAUAUGUUUAAUGAUGUAUAUGAUAACAUGCCAUGGAAUCUUCGAGAACAGUAA